AAAGAAACACAUUCGUCACGGUCAGCGCAUGCGCAGAGCAACAUUGACAAGCGGCAUUCGAGAAGAGUGAAUGCAGUCACAUCGGUGUGCUGUGUUCGCCAUAGCCUCUAUCGUUGCACCAUGGAGAUAUGCGACGAUGUAAGCGCCGCAAGCAGAGGCUGUGUGAGCGUCUUAGCAGACCGUGUCGGACUAAGAUGAAUGUUAUGGUUCUUAUAUGAAACGUUCCACAUCACUGCAGGGCCGUCCACCCCACUCUUAUCUCAUCGGCAUUGUCUGCAUCGUUGUCAUCCUCCAUUACGACAGGCCGCAUCUCGUGCGCAUUGGAAUCACUUCCGUCCAUGGCCACUCCAGUUGACGCUAAUGCAGCUUCGAUGACCAAUGACCCUCAGCCUCGCCUUUCACCCGAGAUCUGCGAGCGCAUCAUCGACCAUCUCCGUCCAAUUGAUCAUGAAGAUGAAAGACAAACUGUGUUGAAACGCGCUCUCGUUUGCCGAGGGUGGUACGCCGACAGCCGCGCAGUCUUUUUUGAGAUACCCGAGCUCCACACUCGGAGAACUGCGGUCGUCUAUGUGAGGUCACUGCAGCAGAUGCCUCUCCUCGCUGACCGUGUGCGACACUUAGUGAUCGGAACUGAGUCUCUAGAUGCCGAGGAGACCAUCAUGACAUGCCCAGACUUGGCAUCGAUUCUCAUGAUGCUAGCAGGGAAACUUCCAAAGCUGGCCUCGCUCAGCUUCUUCGAUGUCAGCUUCGACCAUUGCUCUAUGCGCCAUUUAGCGUUCUGGAAUUUGCACGAACUCAAACAUAUCACUACAUUGUCACUAGUGCAUGUGACGUUGCCGUCGGCGAGCCCCUUCAUUCAGGUCAUCUGUUCAUUUCCUCGUCUGCAGAGCCUUAUUUGCGGGGAUCUGCAUUGGAGCAAAUCGAGGACCAUGGCUCCACUGCCUGAACGUCGCCUCAUGCCUUUGACAAAGUCACUUCCCUUCUAUAUGACCUGUCGUGCUUCGAAGACGUUGGACGUGUUCUUCUCAGUCUGCUAAAUCAAGCUAUCCUUACAGAACUCUACCUAAAUCCACAAGUCUCUGCAGCGGCUCUUGCUUUUACCCAAGACAUGUUGAACAUGUCCGGAACGAGACUCGAGAAGGCAAGAAUCACUUUCAGUGCACCAGAGGAAGAUGCUGGUGGCAGUUUCCAGUCCUUGCCCUUACACCCUAUCAGCCUUGAAGCAAAUGUC